AUGUCUUUUUCAUCACUAUAUAAAACCUUUUUCAAACGAAACGCUGUUUUUGUUGGUACUAUCUUUGCAGGUGCCUUUGUUUUCCAAACUGUAUUUGAUACUGCUAUUACUUCAUGGUACGAGAAUCACAACAAAGGAAAAUUAUGGAAAGAUGUCAAGGCUCGAAUAGCUGCAGGCGAUGGAGACGACGAUGAUGAGUAA